AACUACAAUCGGACUAAAUCGCCUCCUCCUCUUCCUCAACUUGGCUCACGUGUGUGUGAGCACACACCCAUAAACACACGGAGGAGCUGUGAUGCUCACACGCAUCCCUUCGUCUCCUGUUUGGCUCGGUGGUGCUACCUGGAGGGGAGCAUCGUCUCAUGUCAGAGCUGACAUGACGGCAGGUUCAGAGGGAUUUUAGUGACUGUUUCAGUCACAUGGAGCCAGUGUUUCGGUCUGUGUGCUGGAGUGGAUGACGCCUGUUGAUCGGUCUAUAGAUGCAGCACUCAGGGUGCUGGGUAAGAGGAAGAGGGACUCCCAUGUCAGAGCUUUAGGAUGGCCAGUGAAGGCUCCACUAUUCCCAGCCCCGUGGUCCGCCAGAUUGACAAGCAGUUCCUGAUCUGCAGCAUAUGUCUGGACCGCUACGAAAACCCCAAAGUACUGCCCUGCCUGCACACCUUCUGUGAGAGGUGCCUGCAGAAUUACAUCCCAGCCCACAGCCUCACACUGUCGUGCCCCGUGUGCCGCCAGACCUCGAUCCUGCCGGAGAAGGGUGUGGCGGCAUUGCAGAAUAACUUCUUCAUCACCAACCUGAUGGACGUGCUGCAGCGGGCGCCGGACAGCUGCAGCCAGGAGGCCGCCACUCUCAACAACAUCACCACUGUGGCAACGGGCCAACUGCUCUCCUGCCCCAACCAUGGAGGCAACGUCAUGGAGUUUUACUGUCCACCUUGUGAGACAGCCAUGUGUCAUGAGUGUACGAGUGGCGAACAUGGAGAACACCCAACUGUGCCUCUUAAAGAUGUAGUGGAACAACACAAGGCCUCGCUACAGGACCAGCUAGAUGCUGUCAAGAAGAGGUUGCCAGAGAUCGACUCAGCCCUGCUGACGCUGUCAGAGAUCCUUCAGCAGCUGACCAAUCAGAAGAGCUCCAUUGAGGACGGCAUCCAUACCACCUUUGACGAGUUGCAGAAGACUCUGAAUGUCCGCAAGAGCGUUUUACUGAUGGAGCUGGAGGUCAACUACGGCCUCAAGCAGAAGGUGCUCCAAGCCCAGCUGGACACCCUGCUGCAGGGCCAGGAGGGCAUCAACAGCAGCUGUAACUUCACAGAGCAGGCCCUGAGCCACGGCACCGAGGCCGAGGUGCUGCUGGUGAAGAAGCAGAUGAGCGAGCGUCUCAUGGAGCUGGCCAGCCAGGACCUUCCUCUGCAGCCCGGAGAGAACGACCAGCUGGACUUCAUCGUGGAGACGGAGGGACUGAAGAAGUCCAUCCACAACCUGGGCACUAUUGUAACAACCAACGCCGUGGCCUCUGAGACUGUGGCGACAGGUGAAGGGUUACGGCACUGCGUGGUGGGCAUCCCCACUUCCAUCACCAUCACCACUAAGGACAAAGAUGGAGAGCUGUGUAAGAUGGGCAACGCAGUCAUCACUGCUGAAAUGUCCUCGCCUGAUGGCAGCAGAGGUGAAGGGGACAUACUGGACAACAAGAAUGGCACUUAUGAGUUCUUGUUCACAGCUCCUAAAGAGGGGACUUUUAACUUAUCACUGCGUUUAUAUGAGCAGCAUAUCAAAGGAAGCCCCUUUAGGAUUAAGGCUACCAAAUCCAUAGAUGUGUCGCCGACGUCAGACAGCAUCAAGAAGAGGCUCAAGUCUCCGUGCAGCAGUCACGUCAAGCAGAAGGCCAUCAAGAGGCCGGCCAGUAUGUACAGCACCGGGAGGAGGAAAGAGAACCCCAUCGAGGACGACCUCAUCUUCAGAAUCGGCACUAAAGGAAGAAACAAAGGGGAGUUCACUAACCUGCAGGGAGUGGCUGCGUCUACUCUGGGAAAGGUGCUGAUAGCAGACAGCAACAACCAGUGUGUCCAGAUAUUUUCCAAUGACGGCCAGUUCAGAAGCCGUUUUGGCAUUCGGGGAAGGACUCCGGGUCAACUGCAGCGACCGACUGGAGUGGCCAUCCACCCGAACGGUGACAUCAUCAUUGCAGACUACGACAACAAGUGGGUCAGCAUCUUUUCAAGUGAAGGCAAGUUUAAGAACAAGAUCGGCUCGGGGAAGCUGAUGGGCCCUAAAGGCGUGUCGGUGGACAGGAACGGCCACAUCAUCGUGGUCGACAACAAGGCCUGCUGCGUCUUCAUCUUCCAGCUCAACGGCAAGCUGGUCACCAAGUUCGGUAACCGUGGAAACGGCGACAGGCAGUUUGCAGGUACACUCAAUGGGCCUCACUUUGCUGCUGUCAACAACAACAAUGAAAUCAUUGUGACAGAUUUCCACAACCACUCAGUCAAGGUGUUCAACACAGAAGGAGAAUUCCUGCUGAAGUUUGGUUCCAACGGUGAGGGCAACGGUCAGUUCAACGCCCCCACAGGAGUGGCAGUGGAUGUCAAUGGAAACAUCAUAGUAGCAGACUGGGGCAACAGCAGGAUACAGGUGUUUGAUGGCAGCGGUUCGUUCCUGUCCUACAUCAACACGUCAGCAGACCCGCUGUACGGCCCGCAGGGACUCGCUCUCACCUCUGACGGACACGUUGUGGUUGCAGAUUCUGGCAACCACUGCUUCAAAGUCUACCGCUACUUGCAGUAGCCCUUCUCUAUCUCAGCGCACAACCUGUACAGUGUAUAUACACACACACACUCAUUGUUAUGGAGCGACCGGCAGAUUUGCACUCACCCAUUCAUCCUUGAAUCAUGCUGUCGUUGUGCCGUCUGUUUGACCGUGACAUCCUGUUUGACCUCCAACGCUGACGAAACGACAGAGAGAAUUAUUUGUGGUUUGAAUGAAGUGAGAGGAUCGAUGAUAUUCACAGACUGAUUGGUGCUUUGAGGCGUCAUUCAUAACCUUGUUCACCAUCUUAAUCACACUGAUUUGAAAAAUAAAACUUUAGUAUUGUUCAUAUGUUAGACCUUUUACAUUUGCUGUGAUAUGGCAGAACAACUGAAAAUAAUAAAGCGAUUGCACUUUUUCCUAAAAAUACUGGUUGGACACUGUGUUACGUGAGAUUGAAAUUAAAGUAAAGACGUAGUCUUAGUCACCUGAAAAUUAAUUAUGUUUAUAGUUCCAGUGACUGCAGCUUCCUGAUAAAUGCUCUUAAGAGUCCUCACAUUUUGCCUGUUCACUAUGAAAGAAAACUAUUCCACCUCCGGUAGGUAGCAGGGUAUAUUAGAGCAUGACUAGGCAUCUCUUUGCAUGCUGUUUUUACUAAUAAACACCAGAAAAGCUACUGUGCACAAUAUAUAAAUAUGUUUCAAGCUGAUACUUAACAAAAUCACCAAAAGAAACUUUGAAUGGAAGCACUGUUUCAAUUACAAUACUUCUAUCUCGAUGUGAAAAUGAGUAGUCAUCACUUUAAAUCAACACACGUGGUUAUUAAAGUAUGCUGAUAACUUAUGCUUAAUUGUUGUUGUUUUUAAAAAAACACAUACAGUGGUGUGUUUGUGUUGUGAUCAAUUAAGGUACCAAACAAAAGCCACUUGACUUACAAAUGCAAUCAUGUGCAAACAUCUCGAAUUUAAGUAAACAGCAAAAAUGGUGAAAAUGAAAUCAGUCGGUGAAAAGGUUUGUUCAUGUUGCAAUGCAGGUUUAAUCAGCCUUCACUCCUUUCCAUGUGCUCUUAUGUCUUUCAACAAAUCUGUAGAACUACUAACAGGUUGUAUUUUUAGUAAAAACAAUUCGUCCAUUCUCAAAGAAAAAGAUGCAAUAUGUAGUUCAACAGCUGAGGUUUGUGUUGUAAAAAAAAUAAAUAAUAAAUAAAAUAAAAAGCACUGUGCUACUAUUAGAAAGUCAAAAUGUGUUUGCCCUCAAGCACACAGUUUUCAGUACUUGUUAUCCUGGAUUUGUUCAUCCAUUUUCUACACAAUCCUGUUAAAUUAUUUGUUUUCCAUUGUCUUGUUUAUAUUUGUAAUGCCAAAUGGAAUUAAAGUGCCCAUAGGAAAGAA